AAAGACCUUGCCCUCAUUGCUGUGAAAAUUUCUUCUCGUUACCUUGAUUCAAUCGAACCUCAUCUUCCGUGACAAUUACACCUUCGCUGCGACCCUGGCGAUAUCAAAUACCUGUUCUGGCUUCUCUCCAUAUGGCGCCUUUUAGAGAAAUUGUCAGCACCGACGCCGGGUUUUCAGCUGGCUCAUACGUUUACAAGAUCAUCUCCACAUCGCCACGACAAGACCCUCUUACCUACUCUCUUACAGACCAACUAGCCUUGAUAUCAUCAGACAACUCUCUCCGCUUUCUAACAGCAGAUCUACAACCUGAUGGUCACGUCGCCAAGGCCCACGACAACAUCACGUGCCUAGAACGAGCAAAUGAUGCGCCCAGCAACGUAGUCGCGACUGCAGGAAGAGAUGGAUUGGUCAAAUUCUGGGAUAAGCGAAGCAAGCAAAGAGUUCUGCAAAUCGAAAGCCCACACAAACUCAUUUCAGCACUGGUAUGCGAUGCUCAGAAGAACUUUGUCGCAGCCGGUGUUGAGAACCCAGAAGACGGACCCAACAGCUCCCCAGUCUACAUCUGGGACCAGCGCAAUAUCUCAGCACCCUUACACUCCUACAUAGAUUCACACACAGACACUGUGACAAACCUCUCCUUGCACCCUUCCCUCCCAAAUCUGCUUCUCUCAUCCAGCACAGAUGGACUCGUCAACGUCUUCGACAGCACCCAGGUAGAUGAAGACGACGCCUUGUACCAAGUUAUCAACCACGGCUCUGCCAUUGCCCAUGCAGGCUUCCUGUAUCCCGGCACAGACAUUUACACCAUUGGCACGGACGAGACGGUAAGUUUCUACGCGUUACAGAGCCAAAAAGAGGACGAAGAGGAGCCAGCGCCCAAAGUGUGUGGUGACGUGAGAGAAGAGCUGGGCUGCGAGUAUGUGAUUGAUUUGUGCUGGGUUGGCCCGCAGCCAUGCGUAGCAGCCGGGAGACACAGCGAGAAACAAGCCACUCUCACACCAAUCACCAAAGGCACAAACGGCCCCUUGGAUUACGCCUUCGAUCUUGCAAAUGCUACUUCGCUUGCAGGCGCUCAUGGGGAAGAAAUCGUUCGCGACCUCUUCACUGAUGUACACACACACACUACAUACACCUGUGGCGAAGACGGCCAGAUUCGCGCAUGGAAGAUUUCAGACAGCGCAGACAUGCACGAAGGUGAUGGCGCGGCAUCGGUGAAAAAGAAGCGUAAGGAGAAGAAAGACAAGGACAAGGCUAGGUUUAAGCCGUAUUAGAUAGACUUGUAUUUCACUCUCAUGUUAUACGUAAAGGUAGCAAUCAUGUCCUAGCCCAAGGUGUGAUCAAGACCUAUGCACAAACGAUAAAGGUCCUGCAGAUUGGGAAUCAAACCAGCUGUUCGGCGCCAGUACAUUAUCGCACUUCAAUUUAGCAACGCAAGGCCACAAUCAAUCACGACAUG